AAUGAAAUAUUUGUCGCUUGUUUUCUGUUAAUAGUUGUGUUUUUCGUAUGACUGUGAUAUUUUACAAAAAAAUUGUAAUUACAAUGUUGUUGUUUGCAAUGCUGUUUUGUAUAUUUGGCCCAAUAUUGGCUGGAGAAGAUAAUAUUUUAUGCACAGAGGAGACUUGUAAGGAUAUUAAAUGUGAUGAGCUUCCCCCAAAAUGCCAGAUUCAAAAUGCCACUCACAAUGGACUAAUCUUACCAUCAAUGGUGACAUGUAAUUGUUGCGAAUAUUGUUUAGAAAAUUUAAAUGAAGGCGAAGAGUGUAGUAUGGGUGACAUUAGCAAUCCUGAUGUGACAGAAAUAUGUGGAGCUGGGUUAUAUUGUAAAAAUACUACUCCAGGCGAAAGUGAUGGAAUAUGUAGUCGAAUGGAGACAAGUUGUACUAAAAAGCAAGAUGAUUACGAUGGAAAAAGAGAAAAUGGUACUCUAGGAUAUAUGGAAGUGCGACAGGAUUGUGAUAGUGAAGGAGAGUUUGUACCGUAUAAGUGUAUACCAGGUGAAACGUGUUACUGUGUAGAUUCAACAGGCAACAGAAUUUUUGGAGAGGCAGUUUUUACUUCAAUACCGGAAAGUGAACUUAAGUGCAAAUGUUCUCGUGACUACGAAGAGGCGGUGGUGAUAAUAGGAAGAGAACUUAACCCUGGUGAGAUCUUCAAGUGCUCGCCCAAUGGAGAUUACUAUCCUGUUCAAUGCAUGGAUGAGAAGUGUUUCUGUGUGGACACUUACGAUGGCGUUCCCACCUACCCUGAUGCUAAAGAGGUCAAUAUUACCGACAUUUCCAAAGACACUUUAAAGUGUUAUAAAAACAAAGAACCAGGUAUAUUUUAUGAAAAAUGCGAAAGUGAGUAUCUGGAAAGUUAUAAAGCCUAUAAGGCUCUAAAGGACGAAGGUUUUAGUAUAAUGCUCGGAUUUACAUUUCCUAACUGCGACAUAGAUGGAACUUAUAAAUCUGUUCAAGAGAAUUCAACACAUAAAUAUUGUGUGGACAAGGAAGGAUCCAUUUUAAAUGCUGUUCUUCAAACUGACAGUUUGGCGAAAACUAUGGAUUGCAAAUGUGCAAGAGCCAGACUUACUAUGUCUAGUAAUGAAAAGCCGAGCUGUGAUGCUAAUGGAAAUUAUUCCCAAAAACAAUGUAGAAGAGGAAAAUGUAGAUGUGUAGACUCAGAUGGAAACCAGGUGUGUAAGAAAGCACCGUGCGAAGUUGACCAAAAUAAAGAUAAACUAACUUGUCCAAAAUAAUAAGAGUAAACUCUAUUCGGUAGACUUACACCGGUCAUGGAUUAAGAAAGAAAUGAACGAAUUUACUGGUCCGCUGUAGUUUAACUAUUUACACAUGGGCGCAGUAAUUUUUUAUUUGAGGAGGUUCUUAUAUAAAUCAAAUAAUUUUAAAUUUUAGGUGUUUGUAUAGCCUCAGAAGCCUAAACGACAUAAUUUCGUGAUUCUUUAUAACAGUUCAUUAUCCGUAGCCAAAAAUCAAUAUACCUAAUAUUAAUUGUUGCAUGAAUAUCAAUAUAAUAAAAAUAAAACAAAUUAUAACUUAUAAAAGGUAGAAGGCUAAACGUUGCUGUAUUGUUGAUGUUUUAAUUUAAUCUCUAAAAUGGUUUUCUAUAAAGUCACAAUCAAUUUAAGUGAUAUAUUGACGUUGGAUGUUUUUAAAUUAAAGUCAAUUGACGCGUGUAAAAAGCGUUUAUAUGACAUUGUAAACUAAUUUGAGCUUGUUUUAUUCUUUUAUCAGAUCGCAUGUUUUCUAUGUUAGUCAUGUAUAUUUUAUAGUUUAUAUGUAUAAUGGGGUAUUUUUCCCGAAAAUAAAAAUUAUUAAAAACAAUAUUAUAAUAUUACGUAUGUACCUACAAUAUCUACAAAUAGUUUCGAUUUCAAACAAAUCACGCCUUGAAAAGGAUCCGGAAAUCCUACAGCAGCGCAUUAUGUAAACAUCAAAUAUUUAAGUAAAAUGCUAAAUAUUAUUAAGUCAAUAUACGUACCAAUUUUUUUUACUAAAAUGAUUUAGUCGUUAUUGUUCACACUAUCAUCGCCAUCGCUGUCAUCAUCAUCGCUGUCGUCACCGUUAAUUGUUAUUAUGAUUGGGCUUAUUUCGUUAAUUUUAUUUUCACGAAUCCACCAAUCCUCAAUUAAUUUUUCGCACUUGUAUAUACAGUUCCGCCAUACUUCUGGAGUUGCAAUUGAAAGUGCUUCUCGCCAAGUUUCCCAAACCGCUUCGUCUGUAUACCCAUUAGGCCCAAUAUGGUUGUCGUAAUAUUAUUUUGCUAUUCCCCAUAUAUAUUCGAUGGGAUUAAACUGGCAGUGGUAUGGUGGAAGACGUAAAACUUGAUGCCCGUAACUUUCAGUAACCUGAUCCACCACAAAGAUUUUUGGUUUUGCAUGUUCUUUUGCCAAACGUAACAACUCAGACUUUAAUAUAUGCUGUGGAAUAGAUAUGCGUUCAUUUGUUAGCCAUUCUUUAAUCUUAUCUACAUUCCACGAAUUUGUUGGACUUUUGUUUAGUAUUUCUGAAUGAUAAGGCGCAUUGUCUAAAAUAAUUACGCUGGGCUCACUUAAUCCGGGAAGAAGUUUUUCACGCAACCAUUUCACAAACAUUUCCGUGUUCAUAUUGUCACGAUAGUCACUGUUUUUUGAUGUAGACGAAAAUAUUAAAUCAGCACCUUCUAUAAAGCCUGUCUUCCCUCCCGCGUGCAGAAUUAUAUGUCGCUUCCCUUCUCCACUAGCAUGCUUGAUCGAUUUUAUGUUGUCAUCUUGCCAUAUUCUCUUGGUAGCACCCUUAGAAAAUAUCCAUGUUUCGUCUAAAUAUACAAAAGUUGACCCUUCUUCUUUAAAUAUGUUAUAUUUAUUUUCUCAGAAACUCAAUUCUCUUGUGUACAACAGAACUUCUUUCACAAAGCGCUUUUCUGUUAUCCUCUUUUUUAAAUUUGAAUCCUAUGUUAUGUAGGACUUGCCAUAAACUUGUUCUGCCGAUGUCACCAAAUUUCCUCUCUUUUAACUUAAGUAAAAUUGUACCUAAAGUCACAUGUUCCUUAUUUGCACGAAUUUGAUAUAUGAUAUUACGAAUUUGAAAUUUUCGUCCUUCUAACAUAUUGUUCGUUUUUAAUAACAGGCGAGUAUGGUGGUGAUCGUUUUCCGGCACUUCACUAUUCUCGUUUUUAAUUGUAGAUCUUAAUUUUGAUUCGCUAAUUUCUAAAGCAUUGCACACGCGUUGUUGUACAGACGUUACCGAUUUUAAAGGACCACCAUUGUUUUUUUCCGCAAUAAAGUACUUAUGUAGGUUACAAAUUAGAGUAUCUACAUCUAAAACACGUCUUGGCAUUUUCGGUUAAACAGCACGAACAGAUUCUCACAAAAUUAACAAUAUAAGGCGUUACCAAUUCGACAGAAUAAAUUCAACUGGAAGAUAACAAAUGUCCUUAUAGUUUCUUAUAGCAUUCCUGAUUUGUUUGUCGACCCAUUUAGUUAAAUUACCUAUUAAAAUUGCAUUAGUUUGUCAUACUUUCUCUAAUUUGGUUUUGCACCUAUUUGGGUAAUUAAGUACUUUCACUUGAAUAAUUAAAAUGCCAAGACAGUACCGUAAUUAAAAUACCUAGGUCAAAAAAUGAGCUUUAUUUUGAUACUAUACAGUAUGGUGCAAAUGAAAGGAAUAAAUUCGUUAUUUCGUAAACCGGCGACUUUAAGGAAAAAUCCUGAAACAGGUCGAUUUUUAUUUUUAAAUUAUGAUAUUUUGCCAUAAAUGUCAUACUAGUAACGUCAUCCAUAUGGGCGUGAUGAAGUAAUCGAUGAUUUUUUUUAAAUGAGAAUAGGGGUCGUGUGCUAGCUCAUUUGGAAGAUCAUUCAAUUCUCUAUUUAUUAAUAUAAACAUUUACAUAAUUGUUUAUACAGGGCGCCCAAAAAAUUUUUUUAAUUUAAAUUAUUUGACAAAAAAAGAAGAAUCUAUAUAAUUUAUUUAAUUUAAAAUACAUUUUAUUGCUGUUAGAAAUCAGUAAAAAAAUGUUUAUAUCACAAAUAAACAUUGUUUUUCGCUUAAAUUAAAUGUUCAAACUUCCUAAGAAACAGGUGGCUGGCGGGAGCUGGCUUGAACAUUGAAUUUAAUCGAAAAGCAAUGUUUAUUUUUGAAAUAAACAUUUUUUCUGUUUCUGGGCAACAGUAAAAUGUAUUUUGAAUUAAAUAAACUACAUACAUUCUUCUUUUUUGUCAAAUAAUUUCAUUAAAAAUUUUUUUGCACGCCCUGUACAAAUAAUUGUGUAAAUGUUUAUAUGCCUAAAUAGUGAAUUUAAUGACCUUUCAAAUGAGCUAGCACUCGACCCCUAUUCUCAUUUAAAAAAAUCAUCGAUUACGUCAUCACCCCCAGAUGGAUGACGACACUAGUAUGAUAUAUAUGCCAAAAUAUCAUAUGUUGAAUGGGUUUAUUGACAGAUUUUAAAACACAAUGUAGGUAUACCCCCAAAAUAUAUUUUAUUACUAUUCCUUUCUUUUAUCUGUUUCAAUAGUUUAUUAAUGUUUCUUCACUGCUUAUAUCAAUAAUACAUAGUCUCAAUUUACAAUCAAUUACUUUCAACUGAAUUUUAAUCCCUUCCUUUCUUUUCUUUUCUACUCUAAUUCUCACCCUUUAAUUUAUAUCUCAAUUUCAUGUACCUACAUUGUUGUCUAUCAAUUCACAUUUAUUACUGUUAUUACUAUAUGACUGCUAAUAUACCCUUUUAGCUAUAAUUUUUAAGCUUUCCGAUUUUUCAUUCUUUUUACGACCACUACUCCUCUCAUUAAAACAUCAAGGAGUAUUGACUUUAACAAUUUAGGUUACAGCUGCACGUCCACAUCUAACAUACAUAUUAGAUAUCGACCCGUUUUGAUCCAAACGUUGUUAGUCUUACACUAACACAUACACUAAUAAAUAGAAGUCUUUAAUAAAUAUAAAUAAAAACAAAAAUCUUUUAAUAAAUAGAAAUAAAAAUCUUUAAAGCCGGUACAGAUUUGUUGGUUGUCUUUCACCAACUAUCUCUUCACCCUCAAAAAUUCCCAAAUUCCAUAAACUUUUUUACCUUUGCAACAUUCUCCGUCUAUUCCACCAUAUCCCGUUAGCAUAACUUAAGCAGAUAUAUCAUGUUAAUGAAUACUGAGGUAGUACCUCCUUGUAACCGAAUCAUUUAGUUACUUGUAACCGUUGACCUGAAGAUGCUCUGCAUACUUUAGAGAGCGAAACCGGUCGUCGGAAGUUACAAUAAAUGAUUGAGAGUACGUCUGUCUUUUACUUCAUUCAAAAUAUCAUAAUUUAAAAAAAAAAUCGACCUGUUUCGGGAUUUUCCCUAAUGUCAUCGGUUUACGAAAUAAAGAAUUUAUUCCUUUCAUUUGCACCAUACUGUAUAUACGAGUAGUUGCAAAAUUUACUGAAUGCAUUAACAUUAUUUAGUGGUGGCCGCAUAUCGAAAUAACUACUCUGUGAUAGACCACAUAACGAAUUAGUUACUCUGCGGUAGACCGCAUAUUGGAUGGUAGACCGCAUAUCGAAUCGGCACUAAUCUAUAUAUUUUUUCGUAUUUAAAAUAUUACUUGCGGGUAAAUCCUAAUUGUUCUUUUAGUCAAGGAAGUCUCUUCGCAUCUGCUCGGGAAAAUGUUCUAGUCAGGUGUUUUGCAUAAUCUUACUCCUAAGUUAGUAUUAAGUUUUUGCUAAGAAAGGUAUUUCUAACAAGGGUGCAUUGUAUUUUAUUGUUUAUCUUAUUAUUUUUCCUUAAAUUAUCCUGUUUAUUAAAUUUUAAUCAAAAAAUUACUAAAAAUUCAAUAAUUAAAUAGAUAUUGGCCCUCUACGCACCCGAGAUCUACGCUUAUGUUACUGGUAUACCUAAAAUAUUACAAUCGACCUGCCGAUUCGUUUGUUUCUUUAUUAAUUCGUGACCGGUGUAUCCCUACCGAAUAGAGUAUAUCUAUAAUGUAUUAAUAUAAUUAAAUUAUCAUUAUAAUUAUUAUAACUCACUUUUAGAUUAA